AUGGCGGCGCGAGGAUGGCUCGGUGUGAGCGACGAGAACUGCUCUCCAAACGAAAGUCGCUCUCGGGAGACCACACCAGACAUCUUUGACAUCGGGGUGCUCACGUCCUCAUCAGAGAGCCCGUACUCGCCACGCUCCAACCCGUUUGGGAAGAGGCCAUCCCAGAGGACUCCAGGCGCUCUCGCCUUUGUGCGGAGGCUUAGCGAGCUCAGUACUCCGGAGGGGGAAGCCAAAUUGGACACGAUGAGGCAAGGGCAUGAAGGCAAGGAGCCUUGGCAGCCCUCGCCAGAAGUGAGCGCUGAAGCACUGCAGUCCAGCUGGGACGCCGUGGGCCGCAUCGAUGAGCUUGUUGGCGAGCAGGUGGGCAACAGUGGACAGUCACCUCUGCCCAAGCUGCCCAACCUGGCCACAGUUCAGGAGGCCUCCCAUCUGGCAGAGCUGGCCGAGUCUGAGCUGGCGCUCACAUGGACAGGGAGUCGCGUGAAGACUGAGGAGGGUUCUGCGUCCUGGCGCAAGCGCAUUUCCAACCCAACCUUCCACGGGUCACCUUCCCCCACAUCCAGCAGGGCAUCCAGCGCCUCAGAGCCACUGCUGAACGCGGCGGGCUACAGCGGCUCGGUAAGGGCCCCCCGCGGUGGCGGAGGCAGCCCGGCUGCGGUGGACUCGGGGGUGUCGUCCCCCUUCCGGACCCCCCGGGCGGCUGCCGGGCAGCCGCCGGUGACGCCGCCGACGGAGGACGCGCUGCGUUCGAGCGCCGAGCUGUUUCCCCGCAGCUUCCGCAUCCAGCGCUCCGGCUCCUCCGACAGCCUCGCCUCCCUGCUGAGCAUGACGAGUGACAUAACGGUGCGCGAGUCAUCCUUUGAGGGAACGCGGGAGGGAACGGCGCUGGAGACCAUCCUGGAGCCGGGGGAGACCCCCGAGCGCCGGGAGGACCGCACCUACUUUGGCCGCACCAAUGUCUUAGGCAACCCUGCGCAGCUCGUGCUGGGGGAUGUACCCCCCGCUGCGCAGCCCGGGGGGCCCGAGACCCCCCGGACCCAGGUCCUGAGGGUGGAGGGUGCAUUCGCGAGCCCCAUUGAGGUGCAGGCUGCACAAGGGCCCAGGGUAGAGCCACCUCUAUAUCUAGACGCAGCUACUGCUUCUCAGGAAUUGCUCUACAGUGGGGUUUCCCUGAUCUUCCCCAGGCCAGCUGUUUUGGGGGGUCCAAAGGAAGCCAACAAGGCGGAUGCAAGCGCCGCGUCGGCGUGGCUGCAGCGUCAGGGAGCCGCGACGCCAUAUGCGCAGCUGAGUCAGCCGUCCUCGCUUACACCUGUCAUCCGCAGAGCCCGUGCCGCCCACGCAGAGGCGUCCACCAGGGAGCAGCGCGGCUCAGGGAGAGGCCCUGCGCUGGCAUGGAGCACGGCGCUUCUGGUGCUGCAGCUGCUGCUGAUUCUGGCGCCCUUUGUGCUCAUCCUGACCAUGCCCGCCCUGCUGCCCACCCUGCCCAACCUGGGCAGCCACCCUACCACCUCAUCCAAGGCUGCUUCUCUGAGCUCUGCAGCCACGUUUCCGGGCGUGACGGCCGGCAGAUCGGCAGGGGCGGCCUGGUGGACGAAGCCAUGGACAUCCACCGCCAGCCUCUUCUCCCGCUCCAGCAAGGCGCCCAGCGGCCCCGUGGACACCGCUGCAGACUUCCUGCACCGCCUCUUCCGCCAGGAGACCCCUCAGGGCACGCAUGCGUUCUUUGGGCUGCUGCCAAGGGCGUCUGCCACAACGCCGACACCGCAUCUGGACAAGCUGCUCUCGCGUGCGGCCGACUGGUGGUCCGGCAUCUCCGGCAGGCUCCGCCCGGCGACAGCCGCCGGGAAGCCGCCCAGGAAGCUUCCUCCACCGCGCGGCGCGGCCGUCGACGCCGGCCUCAAGCCGGCCGCCGCCGCCGAGCGCAAGACCCCGGCGCAGCGCUCUCUGCAGCGCGCUCAGGACCUCAAGCCCAAAGUGUCCGUAUCCGCGCCAGCCGCACAUGCACCGGCGCAGCCGCCGCCGCCACCGCCGGCCGUUCCCAAGCAGGCAAGGCCUCAUGUUUUAUUCCACCGCAUAGCUGUGCCUGCAAAGCCGCAGGCGCCUCCAGCCGCUGCGCCAAAGCAGGCUCCCCCUGCCAGCAAGCCAGCGCAGCCUUCGGCACCACCGCAGGUCCAGCCGCAUGUUGUUAAGUCAAAGCCCAUCGUGGAGCCAAAGUCUUCGAGAGCUGGAUCAGGCAAGAGCACGCUGCAGGGGCUCGGGGCACGUGUGAGGACCUCCACCAGGCGCCUCACUGCGUCUGCAGAGAAAGCGGUGAAGGCGCUGAAGCGCGAUGCUGCCGACGCUGCAGAGGGGAUGCUGCUGAGAGGCCGGGCUCUGCUGCCGCGAAAUCUGCCGUCCCUGCCGCGCGCCCUCCAGGCGCACGGGCAGGGCAUAACGGCGGCGGCGGCGAUCGCAACACUCAUCGGGAUCCUGGCAGCGCUCAUCACGUCAGUGGUGCGCGGCGCGCCAGCUCAGCAGGAGCCGCUCGACGGCGUUCCCGCUCCCGCCACUCCCGCCGGCAGCGUCCCCUCAGCCGUCGCGCCCGGCCGCGAGGCUCCUAGAACCACCUCCAGGCGCGUGCGCAGGGCGGCGGCCGAGGAGGGGCCGGUAUCGCCGCGGCGGGGGUUGCGGCAGCCGGUGCCAGCCGCAAGCAUGCCGCCGCCGGCCACGCCACGGCCAACAGCCGGCCGCGCCGCGCGCACCGCCCCGGUCUCCGCAGAGGACUCGCGCACGUACACGCCGUGCAGCCAACUGAGGGAGACACCCGUCCCUCCAGCGUGGGGACCCUAA